GAAAGAAAGAAGAAAGAAAGAUGUGGUCGUCUUUUCGUCCUCUCUCGUCCCUCCCCCUCCCCCCUUGAGUUUAUACUCAAUACUUGAGCUUUUCAAGCUCUCGUAUCAACCCAAACCCCACAAUUCGAGUCUUCAGUACUCAUUACACUCAAUCCAACCACGUCAAACGCCGUUGAGAUAUACGCGUAAACAUCAUGUCUGGUGGAAUCGAUCCGGACCUUGAAAAGGCCCCCCAGGUGGCCAAGGCGCCUAUGGAUGACAGCAGCGAUGGCGCUGUCCCUGGGGAGAGCUUCAUGUACGGCAACUCGCUCUACGCAAAGCUUCAGCGGCUGGCUGGAAAGUUCAACAUCGAACAACGAGGUGUUGAGCGUGUCCCCGAAAACGAACGGACGGAUACCUCAUACUUCAACAUCAGCAGCAUGUGGCUGGCAGCCAACAUGGUGGUUAGUUCUUUCGCCCUCGGUGUCUUGGGACCUGAAAGCUUCGGGCUCGGCUUUGUCGACUCCAUUCUCGUCUGCCUCUUUUUCAACCUGAUGGGUAUCUUGACUGUUUGCUGGUUCUCCUGCUUUGGUCCUGCCUUCGGUCUCCGUCAGAUGGUUCUGUCCAGAUUCUGGUUCGGUUACUGGCCGACAAGAUUCAUCGCACUUUUGAAUGUUCUGUCCUGCCUGGGCUGGUCGGCGGCCAACUCGAUUGUUGGCGCUCAGUUGCUCAAUGCAGUCAACCAUGAUGUCCCUGGUUUCGCGGGCAUCCUGAUCAUCGGCGUCUGCACACUUUUCGUCACCUUCGCCGGAUACAAGAUCGUUCACUUGUACGAGUACUACAGCUGGAUUCCCACCUUUAUCGUCUUCAUGAUUGUUUUCGGCAUGUUCGCCCACUCGGGCGAUUUCUGGAACAUCCCCAUGAAAUCUGGUGGUGCUGAGAUCGGUGCUGUCUUGUCUUAUGGUUCAACUAUCUAUGGAUUCGCCACCGGUUGGACCAGUUAUGCUGCUGAUUACACCGUUUAUCAGCCCUCUGACCGCAGCCGCCGCAAGAUCUUCCUGGCUGCCUGGGCUGGUUUGAUCCCUCCUCUCCUGUUCACUCAGUUCCUGGGUAUCGCCAUCGGUACUGCUGCUAUGGUCAAUGGUGGAGACAACAAAUACAUGGCUGGUUACCUUAAGUCCGGAAACGGAGGCAUCCUCUGGGCUGUUGUCGAACCUCUUGGCGGGUUCGGCAAGUUUUGUCUGGUCAUCCUCUCUCUUUCCAUCAUCGCCAACAACUGCCCCAACAUCUACUCCGUAUCCCUCACCCUACAGGUCCUGAGUCACCAGAGCCAAAAAGUGCCUCGUUUUAUCUGGGUGUUUUUGGCCUCGUGCGUUUCUGUUGCCAUCGCCAUUCCUGGAUACUCUCACUUCGAGGAGGUUCUCACGAACCUGAUGGAUUUCAUCGCCUACUGGCUGGCCAUUUACUCAGGUAUCGCUAUCGCCGAUCACUUCAUUGCCCGUCGUGGCUUCAGUGGAUACCGCAUUGAGCAUUACGACAAGCCCGAGAAGCUGCCUUAUGGUAUCGCUGCUUGCAUCUCCUUUGCCUUCGGUGUCGUCGGCAUGGUCACAGGUAUGAGUGAGUCUUGGUUCACUGGACCCAUCGCGAAACAUUCGCAUGGUGGCGACCUCGGUUUCGAAUUGGGAUUCUUGUUUUCGUUUGCUGUACAUGCUGUGUUGAGGCCCAUCGAGCUGAAAAAGUUCGGUCGGUAAAUUUGUGCAACUUUCUUACUCUCUUUAUACAACGAUUUGGGAACGGGUUUUCUUGGGAUAGGUUAGCUUUUUUUUUUAUGUCUGUUAUGAGGAAUCAGCUUGUCUAUGAGUGUUCCAUUUGGGAACCGGGCAGCUUCCAUCAUGCUAGCUGGCAUUUUGUAAAUAGAUAUUAUUGUUGAUUCCA